AUGGAACAAGAGCAACCAAAUGUAUAUAGACAAGCUUUGCAGAAAGAAAUAAUUGCUAAACAGGAGUUAUUGAAGGAAGCCAGAGAGGCAUGUACUCGCCUCACAGAAUCUCAGAAUAUUAAUUCUGUGUCUGGAAAAGUGUGGGAACAACUGACUUAUAGACAAAUGUACACUCCGAAUCGAUCAGAUCCAAUUGGAAUAGCUUAUUUGAACCAGAACCUGCGCAUGGAAAAUGAGCAGUCAUUGUUAAACGAUACUGAAAUGAAGUUGAAAGCAAUGGUGGAUAGACAGAAAAGUUUUAAUGAAGAUCUAAAGUCAGUAAUAGCUAAAUUAGAGGGGAAGUAUCAAAAAGGCAUCAAUUCUGAAACGAGGAAUGACAAUGACACUAAGGCCGCUGACGUGAAUAUGAGGAUAAAUGAAGUUAGGACGAAAAUAUACGCCCUGAUCAAAAAUAAUAUGGCUGUGGAUAUCUCAGGUCCCGACUUUCCCGUGGAACAGGCUACCGAGAAACUGACAGGGUUGCUAAAUAGACUCUUGGAAGGAGAUGAAACUCUCAGUGUAAGGGACUUUGAACCACAUUGCAUGCAUUUUUUCCGUUUAUUAGACAAAGCAUAUCUACUCGAAAAAAAAGAAGUUGAUGGAGACGUUUAUUUACGGCUAGAGGAAUUUUUUUAG